AUGCUAAAAUGGUACCGGGAUUGCAAAGUCAUUCCAGGGGAAGCUCUAACAGCGCAGCACAGACUAUUAGUAGCAGUCAUGCAACUUCCGAAACCGGUUAGGACCCACGUAGACAAAACCGAGCGAAUAAAAUGGAAGAUCAUACACAGUGCCAAGGGUAACCAUUUCAUCGACCGCAUAAAAACCUAUUUAAACCAAGAUAUUGAUGACAAAGAAAAGCCGGCGCACGAAAAGUGGACAGAUUUCGAAACGUAUUGCCAGGAAAACGCAAGAAAGAUACUGGGCGUAUCUAAAGGCCGCCUUGCUAUGGCAAAAGACACUACAUGGUGGAAUAGCAAUAUCAAAGAAUUAAUCAAUGCUAAGCGCGACGCGUUUAAACUAUGCCAAAAAGCUGGACUAGAGGAGGACCGAGAGGGUUACAAAACGUUGAAAACCAUAACAAAAGCUGCAGUCGCGCAAACAAGAGCAAUGUCUAACCAAAAGUUCUAUGAGAAAUUGGAAAGCGCCCCGGAUGAAACUACCAUAUUCAAAAUUGCUAAACAACGUCACAAAUCACUGGAUAUCAAGUGCUAUCUUUGUCACAUAUACAAAAAUAAAGGCGACGUCGCUAAUUGUAACAACUACAGGGGUAUAAAGUUAACAUCGCACACCCUAAAGCUGUGGGAACGAGUAAUUGGAGCACGGAUAACAGCGAUUGCUAAAACCACAGAAAACCAGUUCGGCUUUACUGCAGGAAGAUCUACCAUAGAGGCUAUACAGACUUUAAGAAUACUUAUGGACAAAUAUAAAAUAAAUAAGGAAAAUCUGUAUAUGGUCUUCAUAGACCUCGAAAAGGCAUUCGAUAGGGUACCGAGAAAGCUGGUAUGGCAGUCGCUCCGAUCGCAGAAAGUGCCUGAAGUUUACAUUGACUUGAUCUGA